GGCUCAUCUCCUAGACUGUACAGCGAUAAGUCGCUAGUGCAGGCUUUUGCUCCGCUUCUGCUUCCGACAUCGAAAUCCCCUCAGCAGACUGGAGGGACCCCAAGUUGAGAUGGAUUGGAAAGAAGAUAGCAAUGGAAUGGCGAGAAGCCCCGCAGAAGAGAGGACGGACUCGCCAUCAGACAGCAAAAGCAAAAAAAGUAAGAAAAAAGAAAAGCAGCCAACUGUCAGUGCAUUAACAAUGUUUCGCUUUUCUGAUGGGCUGGAUAGAUUGUACAUGGUGCUAGGAACAGCUGCAGCCAUUAUUCAUGGAGCAGGACUCCCUCUUAUGAUGCUAGUGUUUGGGGACAUGACGGAUAGUUUUGCAGCUCUAGGAAAUUCGAGUUUCCCUUCCAUGAACAUGACAAAUAUAACUGUCAAUCCUUUCCUGAAUCUGGAAGAAGACAUGACUACGUAUGCAUAUUAUUAUAGUGGAAUUGGUGCUGGGGUGCUCAUUGCUGCCUACAUUCAAGUUUCAUUUUGGACCUUAGCUGCUGGACGACAAAUUAGGAAAAUUAGACAGAAUUUUUUCCAUGCAAUAAUGCGCCAGGAAAUCGGUUGGUUUGAUGUCCAUGACGUUGGGGAGCUGAACACUCGACUCACUGACGAUGUCUCCAAAAUUAAUGAUGGAAUUGGAGACAAGUUGGCACUCUUAUUUCAAUCCCUUGCAACAUUCCUCACAGGCUUUAUUAUUGGAUUUACAAAAGGCUGGAAGCUAACACUUGUGAUUCUGGCUGUUAGUCCUGUCCUAGGCCUGUCAGCUGCACUCUGGGCAAAGUUUUUCUGUAUAGUCUUGAAACUGCCAGCUCGGUACAACACAAAUUUAGAAGAAGCUAAAAAAAUCGGGAUAAAUAAAGCUAUCACAGCCAACAUUUCAAUAGGGGCUGCCUUCCUUCUGAUCUAUGCAUCAUAUGCACUGGCAUUCUGGUAUGGAACCACUUUGAUUCUCUCUGGAGAAUACACUAUUGGAAGUGUGCUCACUGUCUUCUUUUCUGUAUUAAUUGGAGCCUUCAGUAUUGGACAGGCAUCACCAAGCAUUGAAGCUUUUGCUAAUGCAAGAGGGGCAGCCUAUGAAGUUUUCAAGAUCAUUGAUAAUAAUCCAAAUAUUGACAGCUAUUCAGAGAGUGGCCACAAACCAGAUAAUAUUAAGGGAAACCUGGAGUUCAAAAAUGUUCAUUUCACUUACCCAUCUCGGAAAGACGUUAAGAUUUUGAAGGGCCUCAAUCUCAAGGUUAACAGUGGACAAACUAUAGCCUUGGUUGGUAACAGUGGCUGUGGGAAAAGUACAACCGUUCAGUUGAUUCAGAGAUUAUAUGAUCCCACAGAGGGUGUGGUCACCAUUGAUGGACAAGAUAUUCGGACUCUAAAUGUCAGGUAUCUGAGAGAAAUUACUGGGGUUGUGAGUCAGGAGCCAGUACUCUUUGCAGCCACAAUUGCUGAAAAUAUUCGCUAUGGCCGUGAAGAUGUCACCAUGGAAGAGAUCAAGAAAGCUGUCAAAGAAGCCAAUGCCUAUGACUUUAUCAUGAAACUUCCUGAUAAAUUUGACACUCUGGUUGGACAAAGAGGAGCUCAGCUGAGUGGAGGGCAGAAGCAGAGAAUUGCAAUCGCUCGAGCUCUGGUUCGGAAUCCCAAGAUUCUUCUGCUUGAUGAAGCAACAUCAGCCUUAGACACCGAAAGUGAAGCAGUUGUACAGGUGGCAUUGGAUAAGGCAAGAGAGGGUCGUACCACUAUCGUGAUAGCCCAUCGUUUGUCUACAGUCCGUAAUGCAGAUGUCAUAGCUGGUUUCGAGGAUGGAGUUAUUGUGGAGCAAGGAAAUCACAAUGAAUUAAUGAAGCAGAAAGGAGUUUACUUCAAACUUGUAACCAUGCAGACAAGCGGAAACAAGAUUGAAUCAGAGGACGCUACUGAUGGAAUGGCAGAGGAAAUAAAUGCCUCAGAACCAUUUGCAAAAGGUUCAGAAUUCAGUAUCCGAAAAAGACUGUCGACUCACACAAGUAUCAAGAAGCCACAGACAUCAGACAAUAAAGAUGCUGAAGAGGAGAAGCUUGAUGAAAGUGUGCCUCCAGUUUCUUUUCUCAAGAUUCUGAAGAUGAAUACGACAGAAUGGCCUUAUUUUGUGGUUGGCAUUUUUUGUGCGAUUAUCAAUGGAGGUCUACAACCAGCAUUUUCUAUAAUAUUUUCCAAGAUUAUUGGGGUCUUUGCUCAACCCAAAAGUGAAGCAGAAAAACGGCGUGAAGGAGAUUUGUUUUCACUGUUAUUUUUAGUCAUUGGAAUUAUUUCUUUUAUUACCUUUUUUCUUCAGGGCUUCACAUUUGGCAAAGCUGGAGAGAUCCUUACAAAGAGGCUGCGAUAUCAGGUGUUUAAAUCAAUGCUGAGACAGGAUGUAAGCUGGUUUGAUGACCCUAAAAACACCACUGGUGCUCUGACCACAAGACUUGCCACUGAUGCCUCCCAAGUUAAAGGGGCCACUGGUGCCAGAUUGGCUGUCAUUGCCCAGAAUAUAGCCAAUCUUGGGACUGGAAUUAUCAUCUCAUUCAUCUAUUGCUGGCAGAUAACACUUCUGCUCUUAGCUAUUGUGCCCAUCAUCGCAAUAGGAGGAUUGAUACAAAUGAAAAUGUUGUCUGGACAUGCCCAGAAAGAUAAGAAAGAAUUAGAGGGUGCUGGCAAGAUCACUACUGAAGCAAUAGAGAAUUUCCGAACUGUUGUCUCUCUGACCAAGGAGAAAAAGUUUGAGGCCAUGUAUCAACAGAGCUUACAAGGACCAUACAGAAAUUCUGUGAAGAAAGCACAUAUCUUCGGCAUCACUUUUUCUGUUACCCAAGCAAUAAUGUUUUUUUCCUAUGCUGCCGGUUUCCGGUUUGGUGCCUACUUGGUGGUAAAUCAACUUACAAGCUUUCCAGAUGUGCUCUUGGUAUUUUCAGCCAUCGUAUUUGGUGCCAUGGCAGUGGGACAGGCAAGUUCAUUUGCACCAGACUAUGCCAAAGCCAAAAUAUCAGCAGCCCAUGUCAUCCAUAUCAUAGAAAAAAUCCCCUCAAUAGACAGCUACAGCGAAGAGGGACACAAGCCGAAACAAUUUGAAGGGAAUGUGUCAUUUAAUGAAGUUGCAUUUAACUACCCUACCCGGCCUGACGUCCCCGUGCUUCAAGGCCUAAACCUGGAGGUGAAGAAGGGUCAAACUCUGGCUCUCGUGGGCAGCAGUGGUUGUGGGAAGAGUACUGUGGUGCAACUCCUCGAGAGGUUCUAUGAUCCCCUGGCUGGAAAGGUGAGACUCGAUGGCAACAAUGUCAAGGAACUCAAUGUGCAAUGGCUGCGGUCUCAGCUUGGCAUCGUGUCCCAGGAGCCCAUCUUGUUUGACUGCAGCAUUGCUGAGAACAUCGCCUAUGGAGACAACAACCGGGUGGUGUCCCAGGAGGAGAUUGAGAAUGCAGCCAAAGCUGCCAAUAUUCAUGCUUUUGUUGAAUCGCUACCCCAGAAAUACGAAACCAGAGUGGGAGACAAAGGGACUCAGCUGUCAGGGGGUCAGAAACAGCGCAUCGCUAUUGCUCGAGCCCUCAUCAGAAAUCCACAGAUCCUGUUGCUGGAUGAAGCCACAUCAGCUCUGGAUACAGAAAGUGAAAAGGUUGUCCAAGAAGCCCUGGACAAGGCCAGAGAAGGUCGCACGUGUAUUGUGAUCGCCCACCGGCUCUCCACGAUCCAGAAUGCUGACCUCAUUGUGGUAUUCCAGAAUGGCAAGGUCAAGGAACAAGGCACACACCAAGAGCUGAUGGCUCAGAAAGGAAUCUAUUUUUCAUUGGUCAGCGUUCAGACUGGGGCAAAACACAUGUGAACUCCUUUUACGCACUCCAUUCAUUUCAUAAGUUAAAGAUUUCUUGUAUUUGUGUUUAAAAAUGGAACGAUAGCCAUAAGACCUUGCUUUGAGUAUCAGAAAGCAAGUCCUCUUGGUCGUCUCAUCUUUUUUUUUUUAUCAGCUACUGCUACAACUGGAUCUCUGCCCAUAGAAUUCAGUGUCUCCAAAAGAGAAGGAACAGUAUGUUAGGAAGAUAUAUCAAUGUCUCAAGGGUUAUGAUAUUUAUGGGAGUAUUGAGGCUCAGGUCUUUAAAAAAAAUAAUUAUCAAAGCAAUUGUGUUUUUAAUUCUAGUCUUUUUUAGAGAGUAUCGGAUUUUCCAUGCAUUAAAAAAGGGGGGGAAAGAUGCUGUGGCCAAAGGGGAAAGUGGGGAACAACUACUGAAAUAACUCUUAGUAAAAUGUAAGAGCUGGUAAUAAAAACUGAACAUUUCUAGGAUUGGUAUAACAUUGUCCAAACAUGCACAGGAUAGACUAUGUCCCAAUCAAAAUACCAUAGAUUUCUAUUUGGAGGUGUUUACCCUAAAAUAGCAUAUCCCCGUUCUGUCCUUUUCUCAUACUGGGUGCUACAGAGCCAUACAAGCCUUCUCACUCUUCUAUGCAACCCUGUUGCUUGUUAUUUUUCGACUUCUCUUAUUGUGGGCAAAUAAGUGACAAUGGAAAACCAAAGCAAGAUCCAUCCAUUUGUCUGGGGCUAGGACAGAAAUGGCAAAUCAUAAGAUUAAAUCUUCCUUUGGUGUAUUUUUACUAUUUUGCAUUGCUGCUGCAAAGUGUUAUUAAAGAAUUCUAAUAUUUUUGCACUUCAAAAAUA